AUGGCGGAAACAUUUGGAGUGGAAGAAGCUGUUGAGUGUAUUUUUAGGGCAGAUGAGUCAGGCGAGGAACAAAAAAGUGAUGCAGACAUCGGAUGCCGGGAACAAAUAAGCAAAUCUGAACCAAACGGAAUUGGAAUAGAAAAAAUUCUUCAAACUACCUAUAUAAACGCGGCUUGUGUACUUAAACACGAGUCCCAACUGUGGCUGGCCGCUAUCCACAGACGGCUCGCUGGGAGAAGAAGUGUGAGACAUCCAUAUUAUGCAGAAUUUUAUCGCGACAUUCCAGUUGACCUUUUUACUGCACUGUCUCACUCCAUCAAAGUUUCAAACGAUCCAAAAUUAGGGGAACCUAUGUGCUAUAUUAAAGGAAACAGCAAAGGUGAAGUGGUUUCUUUAACAGACAUCCAGUCCCUAAUCUAUUUGCUAACAUUGUUGUCUGGCAAGCAGCAAGAAGAUGUGGCCUUUUAUUUGAAAAGAACGCUCGGGGGAGCACGGAAAAAUCACAAAACAAAGGUUUUAGUCUCCCAAGAAAAAGAUUUUGGACUUAUUUAUAGUUACAAGAAAGGGCAGUUGACAAUAUGUUUUAAUUAUGGUGAAUGGAACUCCUUUGGAUUUCCCCAACAUAACUGCAAUUUAAAUAUUUAA